AUGGCCUCUCUGGAGAAGAAUCGCGCUGGGCUUUCGAAGCAGGAACACGCUAGUUUCUCCUCUCGCGGCCACGAUGACUCUACUGUGUCCACCUCCCAUUGUCCUCACGUCUACCCACUCAAUCACUUAGCCCGUCGUCGUUGUCAGCGCGUCGCUCAAAGUCUAUCUACCCUCGUGCGCAUCAUCCGUUAUUGCGGCUUGAGACAAUCCCUCUUCCAUCACUCGAUCACUCCUCACUGGUCAGAAUACCCUUUGACCCCAUCAGAGUAUGAGCUGCUGGAGAAAUCGGGGAAGCGAGAUGAGAUCUUUGCGCUCAAAACACCCAAGUACGAGAUCCACGAGGUUGUCCGGGGACAAUUCAUCGGCGAAAUCGACAACUCGCUGCAGAAAUUCUUGAAAACCAACAUCAUUCUUGAGAUUGCUCAUUCGCAGACAUCGAAGAACCUAGAUCAUCUUGCCACAGAGUACAUCAGUGGCACAGCGGCAGAAGUCCGCAAUGUCGUCGGCAUUCAGCAAGGCGGCGCCAGGCGGACCAAGGAAGUGACGGUCAAGGUCUCGAAACACAUUCACAACGAUCACGGCGAAAUUGCUCCUGUCGAUGUAGAGCAGACUGAAAUCCGAUCCAAAAGCGGCCAGAAGAGAGAAGAUACAGACGAUCAAGUGGGCAUACACCUUAUGCUGGAAAUUUUCGCCUAUUGCCGGAAAGAGGACGAAUACCCUGGGUCUGGUUACAAGAUCUGUAUCGGCAUCGACCGGCUUUACGAGAUCGAUGAGGAAGCAGAGAGAGAGCUUACAGGGUUGGAACUGGAGGAGAAGGGGAACAGCACUCCCAUCCGUGGAAAAUACCGCCUUCAUCUUUUGGCCCAGGGGGGCAACCACAUCGGUAUGGUCAGAGGUCUCGCGGGCGAGUCGAUGUGUGAGAAUGCUUUGGAAACGGUUUCAGAGACCGGGGGCGUGCAUGAUGUGCUGAUGGGAAUUGGUGUUGCGGUUCCUGGAGAGCACGCAUACUGGCCACUUACUAACAACGCAAUUUUGAGAAAAGAUCUGUCCUAUUUCUUUCAUUCCCCUCUUUGCGUUAAUGGGCAUUGA